AUGCAUUUCCAAUUAAUUCCUUCCUGCUUUGCAAUUGCAUCUCUUUGUGGCGCGGCCAUCGCGAGCUCGCAACUUCCUACAGUCGACCUUGGAUAUGCGAUCUAUCAAGCAACUAUCAACCCUCCAGUUGGUGCCCUGCGCUUCGCGCCCCCUCUCCCACCAGUAGGCCGCAACGCAACCAUCAAUACUGGUCAAACUGGCGUUAUACCUGCACAAGCAAAUCCAGCCUGGGAAGUGAUCGCUGAGCUUUUUCUCGAUGCUUAUUUGACGGGCCAGAACAUCUCCGAGUUCACAAAUGAAACUUCGGCCCUUGCUCUCCUGUCAAAUUUAACUGCGCCAGCACCAGAUCCUAGCGUCUCGGAAGACUGCCUCUUUCUCGAUGUUAUCGUGCCAGAAAAGAUAUUCAAUGGAAGUUCGAGCGUGGGAAAGACUGUCAAAGCAGGUGCUCCUGUACUUGUUUGGAUAUAUGGUGGUGGUUACACAGAAGGAUCUAAGCUUUCUGCUGGUGAUCCUGCCAGUCUGGUUGCCAGAAGCCAGCUCGAUGGAUCUGAGGGGGUCAUUUUCGUUGCAAUGAACUACCGUCUUGGUCUUUUCGGCUGGCUUUCUGGGAACAGUGAGGUGACUGACAAUGUCGGUCUUCUCGAUCAAAGAUUAGCUCUUGAAUGGGUCCAGAGUAACAUCCAUCUAUUUGGAGGCGACCCAUCUCGAGUAACCGUCAUGGGAGAAUCAGCUGGAGGUGGAUCUAUCAUGCAUCACAGUACGUCAGACUCUGCCCUUGUCACUUCAUAUGGAGGCAAAGGUCCUGCGCCCCCUUUCCAACAAGCAAUUCCUCAGAGUCCUGCUUUCCAAAUAAUGGUCCCAGAGCAGAGCAAAGCAAUUUUCUCCCAAGUUCUUGGUAACGCUUCGAUCGUUGCAGGCAAGACAAUCUCUUGCGCCGAAGAUCUUCGAGCCCUUCCUUUUGAAGUGCUUGCUGCUGUGAACACUCUCAUGGUUGGGAACUCGAUGUAUGGCACCUUCACCUUCGGACCGGUCGUUGAUCCAUCUCCAAAUUCCUACGUUCCAGACUUACCCUUACGUCUUGUUGCUGAAGACAAAUUCCACAACGUCAGCUUAAUGGUUGGACACAAUUCAGAUGAGGGCCUUCUGUUCACACCCCCAUUCGUCCAGACUCAAGCCGAAUUCGUUGACGAAUUUGCAACACUGUUCCCCACCGCCAAUGCUUCAACAAUCUCAUACCUCACUGAGACAUUGUAUCCUCCUGUGUACGACGGAACUUACGGAUAUACCGACGCAAUUGGUCGAACCUCAUUGGCCAUAUCCGAUUUCUUAGUUGGAUGUAAUGCACAUUACUUGGCUUCCAUGCUCUCACCGAGCUACGCAUACCUAUUCGCGGUUCCACCAGCUCUACAUGGUGAGGAUGUCCCGUACACAUUCUUCAAUGGAGACACGAGUACUUCGGAUGAUGGCUUGCCUGUAAGCAGUGAGGUUGCGACGGCUUUUCAGAGGUACUUGACGACGUUCGCAAUGACUGGGACCCCAGUGUCGGAAGGGUUUCAGACAUUUUCCAGGUAUGGCCAAAAUGAUACGGUGACGGAGAUCAAUCUCGUGGAUUUCGGGAGUCAUAUCAAAGACCCAGCUGCCAGAUCUGUUUGUCAAUUCUGGGCUACGGCACCUUAUUACGUUGCUGGCUCGUCUUAG